UUGUGAUGAACACUUCGUUCAUAAUAAUGAUUGUGUUUUCGUUUGUGCUGACUAUACUUCCGUUAAUAUCCGCUCAUCAAAGCACCGAUACCAUCUAUAUUUCCCAAUUAGAGAAAUGCUUAAGAAAUAUCGAACUGAUUCCAAGAAAUGUUUCUGCAAAUUUCGAUAUAAAAAUUGAAAAGAAUCAUAUUCAAUUAACGGUUCGCAAUGACGACAAAUUCGAUUAUUACGAAAUGAAUUGGAAAGGAUAUUGCUGCUAUAUAGCUAGAGGAUUGAACGUGACGCCAAUACGCACCGAAGAGGAACAGGAAAAUUGUGACAAUUAUGCCGCUGGCGAAAAAAUGGAUUUCUAUAAUUACCGAUGUGCGUACGAAAUUUUCGAUGACAAAAGCUACAGUCUAAUGGUCAUUCAUCCCAAUGAAGGAUCAGCGGAAGCUGAUGUUUACAGAGUUCAUAAAGGAACAGGAGAGAUUCAUUACAGCAAUUAUGAGCAAUUCUAUUCAGACCUUGAACUGCGUGUUCCACAUGACGAAUCAGAUGACGUUGACCAGUUUCUAACCGAAAUUAAUGAAUGUCUUGAUAAACGGAACAGUAUACCGGAGAGCUUACCAAUUACAUUCGGUAUUACCAAGCGAAACAGUCACAUCGAAAUACUAGCACAGUAUGAGAAUAGAUUCGAUUUCUAUAAAAUAAAUUGGGAGGGAGUUUAUUGCCACCGAGAAAUAGGUGAACAUCGGAAGUCAAACGCCACUGUGAAAGUAGAUAAUGGACGUUGCGAUAAUCGGCCAUUGUCGACACAUCAUGGUUAUGGUACUUUUGGCUGUGCUUAUGAUAUCUGGACAACCGUUUAUGAUAAUGACGACUACAUUGUAUUUUACAUUGAACAAAGCACGGACGGUACUUUAGGGUCCAACGCUUAUGUCAUCAAUAUGUCUACAAAUAAAGUCGUUUUCCAUGAUUUUAUCGAUAGUUUUACCGGUGAAUCAAUAUUUGAGGAAUACAAGAAGCAUGAUUCCACCAUUUCACUCAAAGAGUGUACCAAUAAGCAACUACAGUUACCAGAGCAUGUACCGUUUAAAUUUCAAAUGAUAGCGAAGAAUCGUACGACGGAAAUUUUGAUUUCUUACGGAAACAAAAUCGAUUAUUAUGACAUCUCCUGGAACGGCACCGUUCGAACAUUUGAGCGACGUUUAGACGAUAUUCCGGUGAAGAAGUUGGACGAGUUAUCGAAUGAUUGGGAAGACGCCGAUGAAGAGUUCCAAUGUCCUUACAGCAUAGUUGACGAUCGGGAUUACUCAGUUCUGGUUAUCGAAAGUACCACAUCCGAGGGCUAUGCAUAUGCCAUAAAUAAAGAAUCAACGGCAGUGUCAUUCAAGUUCUAUCCGAACUAUUAUCACGAAUGUCAAUUGGAAGUGCCUCAAUCUAAGAUAGAUGAAAGUGAUGAAUUCGACGAUGAAAUCGAGAAUUGUGUCAAACGGCACAACUUAAUUCCUAGUGUCAUGAAUGCAUCCAUUGUCCGGAUAAACAAUCACAUCCGCAUUACUGUGUACUAUGACGGGAAAUAUGAUUACUAUGAGAUAAAUUACAAAGGAUUUACAUGUUAUGUCGAGCGGGAGUUAACUGAACCCAUAAACCGAACAGUGGAAGCUGCUGUACAGGAUUGCGAAAAACGCCGCAUAACGCCAUGUAUCGACACUGUUCACACUUUCAGUUGUGGUCUGGAAAUUCUACAUCCAGCAAACGAUCAUUAUGUUGCCUUGAACAUACUAUCUGGUCCAUUUGAUGCAAGUACAUCAUACUGGGGUUCAUAUACAUAUUUACUUGAUAAGGGAACGAGUGAGGUGGAUUAUAGACGGUACGACCAAUAUAAUAAAGAUGAAAUAUUAGUGAAACAAUCAGAAUCGGAUAAAAGUGCGGUGUACGUGACUGAAUUUGAAGAGUGUCUCAAUUUGAGGCAUGCAAUACCAAGUGAUUUACCAUUGAAAUUCAAUGUAACUAAGGCAAACAACCAUAUUAACAUAUUGGUGUAUGACGACGGUAAAUACGAUUAUUACGAACAUAAUGUGAGAGGUGAAGCGUGCUACACAGCCGUCAGAAAAGCUAUGAAUCCAACCCGAACAUUCGAAGAACAAAUGAAAUGCGAUGCGCGGAGACUUAAGGGUUCGUUGAAACCGUACACGGAAACAUAUCAGCCAGAAUUCCGUUGUGGUUACGAAGUAAUUAAAAACGAAACUGCCGUAAUAAUUUUUGUUCAUUCCACCGACGGUGUGUACGAGUACAAUGUGGAUAGAGGCAGUGGAAAGACGGAAUUGUAUCUGUACGCAGUGUUUGGUGAAUCAUUUGUCGAACAGCAAAUUAAAUGCCAGAAAAAGAAACAUGUCGCCGAUUUCGACAUUCCUUUACAAGUGACAAUGAAGCCGAAAAACCUGGACACAAAUGAGAAUUAUUUGGAAAUUUUGGUAGAAUAUCAAGGACUUUACGAUCUUUACGUAACGGAAGAGUCUGGCAACGUUCGGUACACGGAAAUGCAAUUGGCGCACCGACCUAACCAUUCACUUUCUGUCUAUCGGAAUAAGACUCAAUGCCAACAAAAUGUGGAAUUCCGACUAUAUAACAUCAAAAACUUUCGAUGUCCAUUAAAAGUUGUGGAAAAUAUGAACUACGUGAAUGUGUCGGUGAACGCUUUUCACUACGAAAACGUUUAUACCAUUGACAAAUCAAACAACGCUAUAAAAUACUUCAAAGUGAAAGAUAAUUUAAUUUUAUCAAAUUUACCGAUUCCAGGUUUGAUUAUAGCAUAUCGCAAACCGUUUUCAUCAAAAAUGAUAAAUUCCCCGUUUUCAGAUGCUAAAUUAAAUUACAUUUCCGAUGUGGAUGAAUGCAUGGACAUUUUAUUAAAUUUGACCGGCCCAUUUCCUGUGGAUGUAGUUCGAAAUAAAAAUUUUCUACGAAUUUCGGUGGAAUUUAACGGAACUUUUGAUGUAUACGAGACCACUUCAUCGGGCAGAGAAAUGUGCCGAAUGUAUAGAAAUUUGUUGGAGAAACCACCCAUUGCUAUGCAAUCGUUAGAAGACAUUUAUCCAGAUUGUGUAAGCUGCGAUGAACCAGCAUUCACCUUCACCUGUCCUUCAUUCAUUGUGAACGAGGACGAGAAUGAAAUCACUUUGAAGAUUUCAUAUGGUCCUGGUUUCGGCUUGGCGACAAACACGUACACACUUUUAAAGGGGUCCGGAGAAAUAUUCUUCGGUGUCAGUGGGUCAUUGGGCCCUCCAAAUUUGAGCAAUGUAAUUAAAUCCUUGGUCGGUUAACAUUUUAGACAAUGUGGGAUGGCAGGAUUACCAUUUAUAAAUAAAACGUUU